AUGCAGCGUGUGUGUGUGUCGGACUUUGAGGAGGAAGCCAGGAAAGUUCUUCCUAAAGCUGUGUAUGACUACUACCGCUCAGGAGCUGAUGAGCAAAAGACACUGGCUGACAAUGUGGCUGCCUUCAACAGGUGGUAUCUGGUUCCUCGAGUGCUGAGGGAUGUGUCUACAGUGGAUCUGUCUGUCUCAGUGCUGGGGGAGAAGCUCAGCAUGCCGCUCUGCGUCGCUGCCACAGCAAUGCAGAGGAUGGCUCAUCCUGAAGGAGAGACAGCCACAGCAAAAGCAUGCAAAGCAAUGGGAACUGGGAUGAUGCUGAGUUCCUGGGCCACCUCAACAAUAGAGGAAGUGAUGUCAGCAAUGACUACCUCACUGGGCAGUGGUGGUGUCCUCUGGCUGCAGCUCUACAUCUAUAAAGACAGAGAGCUCACGCUGUCGUUGGUGCGCCGGGCUGAGAAGGCGGGCUAUAAAGCCAUCUUUGUUACCGUGGAUACACCAUACCUAGGGAAGAGAUUGGAUGAUGUGCGCAACCGCUUUAAGAUGCCCCCACACCUGAGCAUGGCUAACUUCUCAACAGCCUCCCUGGCUUUCUCUGAGGGAGACUACGGCAAUGACAGUGGCCUGGCUGUUUAUGUUGCAAACGCCAUAGACCCUUCUAUCUGUUGGGAUGACAUCACGUGGCUGAAAAAACACACACGUCUCCCUGUGAUUGUAAAAGGAGUAUUAAAUGGUGAGGAUGCUGCCAAGGCUGUGAACUGUGGUGUCAGUGGCAUCCUGGUGUCCAAUCACGGAGCUCGGCAGCUGGACGGGGUUUCUGCCACGCUAGAUGCCUUGGAGGAGGUGGUGAGGGCAGUGCAGGGUCGAUGUGAAGUCUACAUGGAUGGAGGAGUGAGACGCGGGACAGACAUCCUAAAGGCCUUAGCUCUGGGAGCAAAGGCUGUUUUCAUUGGCCGACCUGUGCUGUGGGGCCUUGCCUGUCAGGGGGAACAAGGAGUUAUUGAGCUUCUGGAGCUUCUGAAAGAUGAACUGCGACUGGCUAUGGCCCUGUCAGGUUGUCGUUCAGUUUCUGAAGUAAGCAGGUCCCUGGUCAGGAGAAUGGACUUCACCUCGAGGAUGUGAGAGAACUGAAGAAUACACGAUUUUUUUUUUUAUGAAUCACUAAACGAAUUCUUGAUGUCAAAAAAAAGUGCUAUGUUUCCUGUUAAAAGUAAUGUUUUUAAAGUGGUGCUUUUGACUAGAGCAUGUAAAAACUGAUACAAAAUACAGGGCCGUAAAUCUUUGGACAUACCCAUAAGACGAGCCCUGGAGCUGAUUGUGAGUAAUGAACUUGUAUUUAGUAUCUUUUAACUGAAAAGCUAA